GAAUCAGCACACAGGAGGUGCUGACGCAUUUUGUCUGCCUGAAGUAACUACAGAAUUUUAAUCCUGAAAUCUUUUCUCUGACGCCUGCUUCACUUCACACGCCCUCACACCUUUAGACUGGGCUCUGGGCUGACUGAUGUCAACAGGGCAAACUUUGAAAAAAAGGGCACUGGAAUAAUUGCAGGGCACUGCCUGAUUUUUUUUAAUAUAUAUGUCCACACAAUUUAAUUUGCACUCGAGUUUAUUAUUUUUUCUCUCUCAGUGCCUCCUGGUUUAAGAGCCAUUAAGACAAAAGGGAGACGCAGUGGACAGGUCACGCCAGGAGCAUGCCCUGCUAGUGUAGCUGCUGGGGACUGCAGAAGGAGCUGCUCGGCUGAUUCGAGCGUCUCCCCUUGGCUUGGUGAGGGAGGCGCAGGCUUGCAGCGCGGUUCCCCCCAGUCGUCUACCCUCGGAGUAUGUCGCGCCGUGCGAGCUGGCUGUCCCACCCGCACCACUAGGGCAAUGGGAUCGUGGAUACCUGUCUGCUUCACUUCCACAUCUCCAAGUAAUCCGGCUGUAAAUGGAGGAGGAGAUUGACACCCGCAAAAUCAACAACAGUUUUCUGCGCGACCACAACUAUGCAACUGAAGCCGACAUAAUUUCUACAGUAGAAUUCAACAACACUGGAGAAUUGUUAGCGACAGGGGACAAGGGAGGUCGAGUUGUAAUAUUUCAGCGAGAACAGGAGAGUAAAAACCAGUCUCAUCGCAGAGGAGAAUAUAAUGUUUACAGCACUUUCCAGAGCCAUGAGCCGGAGUUUGACUACCUGAAGAGUCUAGAGAUUGAAGAGAAGAUAAAUAAAAUCAGGUGGCUACCCCAACAGAAUGCAGCCUACUUCCUUCUCUCAACCAAUGAUAAGACUGUUAAACUGUGGAAAAUCAGCGAGAGGGACAAAAGGCCAGAAGGGUACAACUUGAAGGAUGAAGAUGGUAGAAUCAAAGACCCCUCCACAAUCACAACCCUACGGGUACCAGUGCUGAGGCCAAUGGAUCUGAUGGUGGAGGCCAGUCCUCGUAGGGUGUUUGCCAAUGCUCACACAUACCACAUCAACUCCAUCUCCGUAAACAGCGACUAUGAGACGUACAUGUCAGCGGAUGACUUGAGGAUAAACCUCUGGCACCUGGAGAUUACCAAUCGAAGCUUCAAUAUUGUAGAUAUAAAGCCAGCCAACAUGGAAGAGCUGACAGAGGUGAUUACAGCAGCAGAAUUCCAUCCGCACCAGUGUAACAUGUUUGUGUAUAGUAGCAGUAAAGGAACGAUUCGGCUGUGUGACAUGCGGGCAUCAGCGCUAUGUGAUAAACACUCCAAACUUUUUGAAGAGCCAGAGGACCCCAGCAACCGGUCGUUCUUCUCCGAGAUCAUUUCCUCAAUAUCAGAUGUGAAGUUCAGCCACAGUGGGAGAUACAUGAUGACCAGGGAUUACCUCACUGUCAAAGUCUGGGAUUUAAACAUGGAGAACAGACCCAUAGAAACAUAUCAGGUGCAUGAAUAUCUGAGGAGUAAGCUGUGUUCCCUCUAUGAAAACGACUGCAUCUUUGACAAGUUUGAGUGUGUGUGGAAUGGCUCUGACAGUGUAAUCAUGACUGGUUCCUACAACAAUUUCUUCCGAAUGUUCGACCGUAACACGAAGCGUGAUGUCACGCUGGAAGCAUCACGGGAAAACAGCAAACCCAGAGCAAUACUCAAGCCUCGCAAAGUAUGCAUGGGUGGGAAAAGGAAGAAAGAUGAAAUUAGUGUUGACAGUUUGGACUUCAGUAAGAAGAUUCUGCACACAGCGUGGCAUCCGUCAGAGAAUAUCAUAGCAGUAGCUGCCACAAACAACCUCUAUAUAUUCCAGGACAAAGUGAACUAGAAAAUCUGUUUGACUGGUCACCUCACACUGCAUACAAUUAAACAUCAAAUUAUUAUUAUUUUUUAAAAGGAAAACUUGCCCUCUGGAAUGAAUCCUAACAAUAGUUUUUUUUGUCAGGUUGUCUGUCUUAAUGAAGCUGUGGUGCCUUUUGGUAUGUGGGUCUGUAAUUCCCAUGAUGCAUCUAUUUUAGAACAAAAUGGCUUCUGUUUAUAAGGCACUGAAUUUCCAUCUAAUUCUUCUGGCUUUUAAAGAUGUAAAUAUUCAACACUGACUUGUAAAUUUGAGUUUUUUUUUCCUCUCUCUCAUGGAAAUAGGGAUGGAUUUUUAUGUUAUAUGUACUUUGUUUCUCCACAGCUGCUAAUGUCUUGGACAUUCUUUAUCCAAAAUAAUAAUACUUGUACCAAUUGACAGCUGCUUCCGGAGGGUGACAAAUAUUAGAGCGUACGUUUUUAAAAAGAUUUUCUUUGUUCCCCCAUAAAAUGCGCCCCUCCUAUUUCCAUAUUCUUUGGGAUUGAGGGUGAUCAUGUGCUAAUCAGCAUAAUAUAAUGAGCAGUAUUUAACGAAUCAGGGAAUUUUCCACACAGUUCCUCGAACAGAAGUCUCCUAUUUGUGAAAUGACCCGAGCAGUUUUGUAGCUCAGUAUAUGAAAGAAUGAAUUUACUUGCAUUGUUGAACAAGCAAACGAGAAGAUGUUUAAGUUAACUAUACUAAUGCCAAUUUGAAAAUGUAAUUGUAGAUUUUUGAAGCCCUGAGACUGUCGGGGCUUUUGUAGGUAGAGUUUUUUCAAAGUUUUACAUCUAAUAAUGGGAGUAAUUGCAUAUAAUGACUGAACAAGUUUUACUUUUAAAUUAUGUCCUAAUUAUGUCAGAUCUCAAAAUUGUCUCUCUCUUCCCCCAACCCCCACUUCCCCUUAAUACAGAGUUACGUUCUGGUAUCUAAUUUCUUUAAAAUGUCUUCUAUUAAUAUUUUCCUGGCGGUUUACACACAAGUUUCCUCAGUCUGAUUCUACUAUGGCUAGGAAUCUAGUAUGUAGUUUCUGUUUUUAAUAGCUAAAACUGACACUAUACCAGAAUAAAGCUACAUUGUCAUGUCAGUAAUGACAAAAGGUUUGACUGGAGCCGUUGCCAAGAGGGAAUUUAUAUUCUUCUGCUGCAGUUCAGGCGAUUUAGGGACACAGGACUUUGGUCUACGCCAUUAAGCCCUUCGUGCCUGCUCCAUCAUUCAGUAAGUUCAUGGCUGAUCAUUCUCACCACUCUCCUGUCUGCGUUCCUCCUCUCCAAACCUUGCUCCAUAAGCCUUCACUCCUUUGCCACUCAAAAAUCUAACUGUAAUAGAUAAAUCUUACUGAGUGCCUCUUCUGAUUCAGUGAGUAAAGUCAGUGGGUGAAUGAAUAAUGUAGACCAGAAAUGCAACAUUGAAUCCUUAUGGCUGUGUCUGGUCAGCUGAUCUCAGAGCCAUCCACAAGAAAUAUAUCUGUCACCUACCUCCACCUACACCCCCCGUCCUAAAAAAGAAAAGUAUUGGUGAGAGGAGGGCCAGGUCUGACAAUGUUGCCCCAUUACAGAGUAGCUCUGGGUUUAAGUUCCAGUCUGAAGGAUUGUCACUCAAUUGAAGACAGAAGGUGCCUGGUACCCCGGACCCAUCACACCGAAAAUAAUCAGUGUAUCCUAGAGGGGAAGUUAACUUAUUUUUAAAGAAGUGUUAAAUCUCUUUGCUGCAACAAGGGAAAAUCAAGUUUAAGAAAUAAAACUGGUAGGUUUGAAAUUAAAUGGGUGUACAGAUGUAUUUCAACAUUUUUGUUAAGAAAUUAAAAGUGGGGGUGCAGGGAACCUUACAUCAACAUUCACUUUAAAAGCACAGGCUCACCAGCCCUAUUCUUCCUUUUAAAAAAGGACAAGUGAAUUGCAGUUAUUAAUGCCGUUCUGUACCGCAAUUUUCUUUUUAAACUGCAUGAGAACUGCCAGGCCCUUAUUUUGA